AGAUAUAGUUAAAGCUAUUAUUCUAAUGUAUCUGUCAGGUUUAGAGCCGAUAUGGUUGUACGAACAACAUUUAAAGUGAAGUAAAAACCUAUUAUAUUAUUAUUUAACGUUUGUAUAUUUAACUGCCUAUUAAAGAUUGGUAGAAAAAAGGAAGACAAUUUUUAUAAACAUAUAUUUCGUAUAUUAAAUCUUAACUUGCGACAUCAGUUGAUACUAAUUGCCAUGGAUAUCAACAAACUAAAUAGAAGACUAAACAUACUUGGUUAUAGUGUAUGUGUUAGAAACAUGAUCCAGAGAAGUCAUUUAAUGAUGGAAUAUCUCCUAAAACGUUUCUGGGGGAAAGUAAUUAACAGUGGAAGCGUAUCAGAAGGGUCCCUUUUAGAUGGAAGUGACACUGAUGCUAUGGAAGUAGUGAAUGGAUUAACUGUUAAUGAAGACAAUGAAAACAAUGGUAGUUAUGGUCAUUCGCCACAAUAUGGAGAUCUAACACCUAUUUAUAUUUCAAGAAAUGAAUGCCGGUUGGGUUAUUGUAGAUUGAAAGUCAAUAAUAAUGAAUUAAAUUACUUGUUUAAAGAUCCCACUUGGAAAGUUCCAGAUCUAUCCAUGAAUAAAGUAGAUAUUUCUAAACUAAUUAAGAGGAAUAAUAAUGCGUGUUUCAUCUUGAGUAAACUUUUUCGUGAGAAUAUACUCCCAUCUGGAUAUACUUUUGGAAAACAAAAAGAAUCAACAUUUACAAGUAAUGGACCAGCGACGACUUAUGCUAAUGUAGACACAGUCAAAUGUUUAAAAAUAAACCAAUGGCCUGACGAAGCAAUUAAAUGGAGAACCCGUAAGAGAACGAACAACUGGCCGAGCAAAGUGACUUUAGAUUCAUUAGAAAAAGACGUAUCUUGCUAUGUUGUUCCGGUCGGCAGUAAAUCUUCUAGAGACCAAGACAUGGAAUGGAGAAUUUCAUUCACAGAAAUUGAAAGACAUCUAAUAUGGAGCAUGAAUGAUACACAAUUCAAAUGUUUUGUACUACUGAAGGCUCUUAACAAGCAGUACUUGAAAGACAUUAUAUCGUCUUAUCAUAUUAAAAAUGUUGCACUUUGGCUUUGCGAAGAAUGUUCUAAAACUGAUUGGAGAAGUGAGUUAUUGGUAGAUUGUGUGCAAAAGGGUCUUCUAAAGUUAGCCGAAUACGUUGAACUAGGUUUUCUGCCUCAUUAUAUCAUACCAGAAAAUAAUCUUUUCCUCGAUAAAAGUCAUACUGAAAUAGAGGAAGCAACAAAGUUAAUAAAUGCUGUUCUCGAAAACCUAGACAUUAAAGUAAACUCAUUGACAAAUUUGCUUUACCAAGAUGUAGAAAGUCAGAUUGCUUCAUUGUACAGCGAUAACAUAAUAAGACUUCAAAAAUACAAUUCCCUUGAACAAUCUCAUUCUCUUAUAGAAUAUUCAAAAAGAUGUUGUAUUCCAUUGGCGUUUAAUUUUAAUCUUAAUUUCGAUUGUGAAUCAGUUUGUAAAGACAUAGAAAAAGAUUUUGGAAAAGACGGCGAGGAAAUUUCGCCCUGUAUACGUCUGGCAUUUACCACUUUAGAGCUCAGAGAGUGUCAUCAAACAGACUGGGAAAUUGACAAAUAUAUCACUAAAAUACUUAAAUUAAAGGAGUUUGAUUACUUGACGGUUCCUCUAACAUGUGCAAUAAUAUACUCGGAAUACGAAAUGUUUUCUGAAGUAAGGAAUCACCUGUUACCAAAAUUAGAAGAUAACUCAGAUAAAUAUUACAUAACACCUUGCAAUUUAUUUCCAUGCUCAACAAUUUGCUUAAAAUCAGGGACAAUUAAAGAAUAUCUUCCUAGUAUACCAUCUUCUAUAGGUCGGCACAAUUUACUGACGGAUUUCAAUUUAAAUUGGCAUGAACGUGACAAUAUUCCACAUCCUUUAAAACUUCAGAUUUAUUUACUAGGACCUAGAGAAAACAUUAGAUGUAACCCACUUAUUCUAAGUUUGUAUUUAUUAUACUUUUCUGCCUUUAACCUUAAACUUCAUGUAGAAAUGGAUUUAAUACAGGUCGUCUUCAAAACGGCUUUGUCAAUUCCUGAUGAAUAUUUUCAUAUGAUGGAUUACGUACAUUUGAACCUAUUUGGUUAUUUGAUGUACAUAUCAGGUGACAUAACAUUGGCAUUCUCUUAUUUUGCAAAAUCUUUUUUAUCCGAACCAGUAUUAAAGAAUGCAGCAAUUUAUCAUAUGGCUAUCAUGAUAAAUGACAUACUUCAAAAAUAG